AUGGCGCCUCCGCGCGCGCUGCGGAUCCUCCACGGCGGCCCGAUCGCGCGCGAGGUCGCGUCGCACGUCGCCGCGGCCGCGAACGCCGCCGCCGACGGCGCGCUCGCCGCGGAGGUGUUCGAGCUCGCCGAGUACCCCGACGCGGGGCUCGACAUCGUGCGUCUCGGCGUCGUCGACGACGACGACGACGACGCUCGGGUCGACGCGCGGUCGCGCGACGUGAUCUACGUCCUCGUCGUCGAGACCGCGGAGUUCGAGAACCCCGCGGACGAGUCCGUGACGUUCAUCAGGGACUGCCUCGCGGCGUCGAAGAAGAACCGAGCGGCGGGGGCGGCCGCCGGGGACGACGAUCGCGCGUCGCCGUCGCGAUGGCGGAUCCGACGCGUCGACGACGACGACGUCGGAUCAGCAGCUCCCGUCCCCGUCGCGUACGCGGUCGUCGCCGUCGGGGACACGGACGCGAUGCCGGAGCGCGCGGCGUUCCGCUCGAACCAGAACACCGCCGCGGACUGCAACCAGGCGGGAGCGCUCGCGGACGACGCGGUGAAGAGACUAGGCGGGACGCGCGUGACGCCGCGGCGGUACCUCGACGCCGCGAGAGACGAGCUCGACGUCGCCGCCGCGGCGUGGUGCAGAGAUACGCUGCUGCCGGCGGUGAGGGCGCUGUAG